CAAUCAAUUUGCCCCUGUGCUUCCAUCUAUCGACGUUCAUUCGAAUCCACCUCAGCCUCGACGGGUUCCACCCACAGCCGCGCAUCUCGAGCCUCGUCCAAUUCUCUCUCACUCAUCAUGGAAGAGCGCACAAUGCAGCAUCUCCCUCCCCACAAGGUGAACCGCAUCUCCGUCUGGCGCGACGAGGUCGCCAUCGCCUCCGAGCCCUCGCCCAUCUCCCCCACGCCGUCCGCCCCCAGCAUGGCCGCCUCGUCAGGCUCCGGCUCGUCGUCGGGCGCCUCCUCUGUCCACACACGCCCGCGCCGCAGCCUCUGGCGUCGCUUGACACGUCGUCUCUCCGGGAAGGGGGGGGCCGCCGCCGCCAAGGGUGAAGGCGAGGAUGCCUGGGACCACAGCACCCGAACCGAAAUGUACCGCGAGGAGAACAGGGUGCAGCACCAACAGACCCGCGACUACGAAUAUGACCACGCACAGGAGCCGCAGAGGAGCGACCACGACGGCGGCCUCAAGGACAGGCAGGAGAGGCUGGAGCGGGCAGCGCGCCUCCUGGGGCGUGCCGAUUGAAUGCAUGGCGGCGGCAGCUGGCUCGAUGAUGAAGACACGAAGAUCAGAUACACAUAUUAUACCCAUUUUGCUGUAGUUGACGAUUAUCAUGAUACACACACAAACACACACCUAACAAGAGUUCUUGAUAUUCCUUUUUUUAUUAUUCGACGUCUCGGCAAGUAAGUACGUCCGGGGUCCAACCUAGCGCAUCCGUCCCAUCUCCAUAUCGAAUGGGAACAACCCGUCAUGCCCUUCCUAGCGUUCAAGCCCGCG